AUGUGGUUUCCGGUUUCAACAAUAGCCGCUCUUUGCGUUCUUCUCGAUGUCUCCGACACUACGCGACCCGAAAACGACUUGGAGCUGGUCUUCAGAGAUAGAUCUCAAUCUGACUGGGAAGAAGCAUGGCAUAAAGAAAAAUAUACCAGAUGCCGGGAAACUCUAAUCCGUCAUUUGUAUUGGGCUUGCGAAAAAGACAUCUACCGUUUGACUCGAAGAAGCGAUCAAAACAGUUACAACAAUUAUGUUAAAAAUAAUGACUACGACGAAGGUAAGUUUAACUAUUUUUCAACACGAAAAAACUCCUCUGUUAAAGAUUUUCCCUGGCUGGCACCCAAAAAAGCUAAAAGGUUCUUGCGUUUUAAGCGCGGUCUGAACCGACGCGCCGGAUCUUCAAUAACUUCAGAAUGUUGCAAAUCAUCUGGCUGUACUUGGGAGGAAUACGCUGAAUAUUGUCCGACUAAUAAAAGAUACACGUCGUAUGUUUAA